AUAAAAUAAUACAUGUAACAUAGUGAUGUCUGUUCAACAUGCAAAAGCACCCGUGCAAACUGUAUGGGAAGACAUUAAUCCACUAAAUAUCACUUUUUUUAUGAUUUAUUUGGGAAUGAUACAGACAUGAGUAUCAUAUUUUGAACAUGUCAUCCAAAUCAUUAAAUACAAACGGCACAGAGAUGAUCAAAGACUGACAUCCUAUAAAGGAUUGCAUAGCCAUAUUACGUUUGUGAGAGAUGCUCUUCGCAACUUUAAACCAAGGUUUGUAUAUUAUUUUAUAGCAAAUCUUUCUGGAUAAAGAGUCUGCUAAAUGCACAAAUGUAAAUACUAAUAAAGAAAUCUUCUGUGUUAUUGUGUAUUAUAUGUUUCAUAUUUCCAUAUGUGAAAAGCGUAACCACAGUACAGGGUGAAAUGCUAAUAUGGAAGUUAUGUUAUAGGCUAAUACUCUUAAAUCUCUGUAAUGCUAUUCACUUCGCACAACUUAACACCACAGUGUCGGUGGUCCCCUCAGAUUUGAUGUAUGUGUUACUAUGCGGAUAAGAAACUUUUGGAGCACCGCUGGUGUGAAAUUAAGCAGUCUUAUAUCCUUGCUGCCCACUAUAUCAUGUCAUUAAACCAUCAGACACAGCCGAGACCAAGUGGGUCAAAUGCCAUAGCUGUCAUGGCCUGGAUGGUCAUGUCCAAUUCAGUGAAACUCCCGCAGUUGGCUGGCAACAAACAAGAAACACUUGAGAGGAAGUGCACAUCUGCUCUCGAACAACUUUGUGCUUUCGAACAACAGUGCUUCUUCCAAUAGUUAAGUUGUCAGUACACAUGAUGUAACCGAAUUGCAUUUCACAUCGAAAUUUACUUUACAAGAGGAAAGUUCAGAUCAGUCUACAGUUAAUUUAGAUGUAGUGACACCUUUAAUGGCUACUUUAAAAAAGAACAAAUUUACACCAUCAAAUGAUACCCUUGUAACCAGCGUGACCCUUCUAUUUGUAGUGGCCAUUUAAAGGCUCAAUACUUACCACAGUAUACCCACAAGACUUGAGCCCUAUCUCCCUGAUGAUAGUGUUAUGGGGCCUGGGGAAGCUAUAUUUAGCUGCCCCUGUGACUACACUGGCUAUGUUAGUCAGAUUCCUGAGGGAACGGUCCAGCACAGGCACACCAGCACCUGCUUUCAAAGCUGACUGCUACCCUACUACCUUACUACUGGGCCUGGAAUACAAAUCCUGAACCAGACCUUAGCAGCCAAAAAAUAAGAUAUUCCUGCUCUGUAGGUUUGACCUGCAUAUCCAGCUAACAUUUGGGUGUCCUUUAUCACUACAUCAAAACGUUUCAGACACCACUGAAGGAAAUUUAAGAAGAAAUGUUUAAGUCAUCUCCAUCUGUGAGAGAAAAAAACAGCCCUCCUUUCCAAGAAAGAGAUGAAGAGGAAGGUGACCUAGAGCAAGCUAAUGAUAUCACUGAUGACUCAGCAAGUUCAUACUACACUGCUUUUUGUUCUCUGAGUGAGUACAGUGAAGCAUUUGAUGAUAGGACACACACAGAGCGUCCUAUUAAAGGUGACUCAUUCAAGCUCUCAGAUUGUUCUACCUCUGUGCAAGGCACCACUUCAACACCCUUGAUCAAAGCCACCACAUUACUUGAGGACUGCAAAACAGAAGAAUACAAAUGUACAGAAGUGUGGCCUGAGGUCUCCCAAUAUGAAGAGGAUCAAUCAUUAUCUGAGAGAGAUACUCUUAUGUUAGAGUCUGAGUCAAAACAUCUGCUUUUAUGUACAACAAUAACAAAUGUGAAUUUGCAGUCUGUAAAGACAAACCCUUCACAAAGCCAGGAUCAUUCUGAUGAGCUUAAUAUAUCAGAAAAAGGUUCAUCUGUUAAACCGGGGGAUUCUAUUGGAGGCAGCAGGACUGUAUUUCACACUAACAUUAGAACCGCUGAGGAGCACUGCUCCCCAGAACCCGGAUUCACUUCAAACACUAUUUUGAUAACGCCUGACAGAAAUCAAUACAGCAAGGGUCGGGAACAGGAGCAUGGUGGCACAGAGCCAAAGGAGGACCACGCGACACAAAAGCAAAGACCCAGAGAUGGUUUGAGUGCACCCAGCCCUAAAUGCAGGCUUGAGAGAGGCGGGCAUAUUCUGGGUCAUAUGGAAGAGGAGGGGGAGGGUAGAGUGGUGAGUUGCAGAAAAGACCAGCCUGAGCUGUCAGUCAGGUCUAGAAAUAGAAAAGCGUCUGCAAACUCUAUCUUAACACUCACAGCCAGCAAACAGGAGUCAAGAAUCCCGCCACACUGUUAUUCAGAGCGUAUCCCCGCAACCAGGCACCAACACCAGCUACAGAGUCUUGCUGAUACCCGGAGGUUGGAAAAGCAGAGCCGGCAAGGCGUCUGGCAGUCCAGACCAUUCUCCCGCAUGCUGAGUAGCAGCUCUUGCCAAACCUGCCACAUUACAGACAGUACCAGUGGAUCAAUCAGCAUGGGAACAAAGCUUGCUGAGGCCAGUAGUGAGGUGGGGGGCUUUGUUAACCUGGCCCAGGUAAGAUCUUCCUGUUCUGAAACUGACUACAUGCAUGUUUUCGGCUCGAGCUGUAGGCCUGCAAGUCAGCUACCUUCUGAUGGAAACCACAACAAAUGGACAGAGGAUGUUCUUGCUUUCAAAAUGCAGAUGUAUUCAAAGACUCAGAACACAUCUGCUGGCUCAGAAUCCAGCAGCUUUGAGUGUGUUGAUGUGGCAUUGGAAACCACAGAUGAAGUAAACAGAGGCUUAAAGACUGUUCCCAAAAGACAAAUUCAACUGAAGAGACGGGACACAGCAGAGGCACAGGUCAGAGAGAACAACAGUCAAAACCAUGAGAUUGUAAACACGCAUGUGCAUCCUCGGGACAUGUUUCAGCGUCAACAUAGCACCCCUGCAGCUUUAAACCAGGAGCCUCAUGUGGCUGAUCAAAGAUUAGUACAGUCCGAGCGGAAGCAAAAACUUCAAAAAUCAUAUUCUCUUGAUGAAACUUCCAGCAAAACUCAAAUGGCUUCCUCAAUAAUAGCAAAUGUCCUAUCAAAAAAGAUGCAACAUGAACAGAAUCUUCGUACCUUGGAUGUUUCGGAUAAAGCAUUUGCAUCAACCAAAGUGAACAUCAGAACUGCUACAACUGAUGAAUGUUUGUAUGUGUCUGGCAAGGAUGUAUAUGCUGAAACUACAAAAACAUAUCAAAAUGCAACCCUUAAGAGAGAGACAGAAAGUAACUCGGUUCAAAUGCACUGCAGUUUUAACUCAAAACCACAACCCAAACUGUUAAGUAAACAUGGCCUCAGUCCUCUUUUAAGUGGAACUGGUAAGUCUGAAGUUAAGGGCAGUGGCACUGAAAUAACCGACGCUUCAGAGAAUGAGAAAGCAGAGAAGUUGAACUCAAGAGAGGAGGCAUUGCAGCUCCCUAACCUGAGCCCUGGAGUGAAGCUAUCCUGUGACUCAGCAAAGGGCAGAACAUGGAACUCGAGUGCAGCAACAAAUGUAGCCAUCAGCACACAGACUUCUGUGAAAACCACACCUGAAGAAUGCCAUACAGGCCAGGGAAUCCAUAAACAACACAAUAUGACCCGAACCAAUGUGCUGGAAAUACAGGAGGAACAGGCUGGAAGCACAGAAAGUACACUCAGUCCUACUAAUAUUACCUGCCUGAUAUCGGAUUUGGAAGCAAAUGCUGUAGAUAAUACAACCCCCAAAACUGAUGACUGUGGUGUUGGGAAAAAUCAGGAAAGUAGCAGAGAGGAUUUUAAAUCACCAGGACUGUUUGCAAGCCUAGCUAUGCAAAGUCAAGGCAAAUUGAAAGCCCCUGUCCAUGUAGUAAGAGACAUGAGAAGCCUAGUGAAAAACACAUAUAACAAAUCCUUCAAGGGCCCAGGGGAAUCAACCCACAGAAUAGAAGGGAGUGCUGCUUUGUUUCAGUCAUCAAUACACAAUCUAAGCAACAAAAAUGAAGCAAAGGGAAAGGGAUACAAGCAAGAUGAAAGACCCCUUUUGCGGAAAGUCACUCCACCUCUACCACUGGAGAGAAGGAGAGAUCACUCUGCACCAAGAGGAUGCUCAGCUAAGGUAAUGCCUUCUGUGGAAUCAAAUGACAAAAGUCAUAUUAUUGGAUUCACAAAGGUCAGCCCAAUUAGUGCAACUAAGGCAAACAGCUGUGCCUCGUCAAAACCCUCAGAGACACAGGACAGCCAAGUUGCUAUCAGUAAAUCUGAUGUCACGGUCAUUGAUUCAAAUAUGAAACCAACAAACAGGUCAGACCCGGCAAUGCAACCUAGAGAGGAGACUUCGACUGAUAUGACUACAAAAGGAGAGUUGACAAGGAGCUCUGACAAGGAUCAUCUUUUCCCAGCACUGCAGUAUGGUUUGCUCACAAGUUCUGAGCAACAGGACCAUGGUAAGAUAAUUAGUGAUGGCCUCCAGACCUCAUCCCUUCCUCCCAGGUCACAGAGUUCAGUUGGGCCUCAGUUCUCUGCUUGUGUCCUAACAGUAGCUUCAACUCCUAUGGUUCCUUCCUAUUAUUACAAACCCAAUGUACUGGGUUACCAAACAGUCUCUCCUCAUAUUGGUGCAGUUCAUAGCUACGUUCAAGGGCCUGUCUUGUUUCAAACACCUCUUUACAACCAGUCUCCUGCACCAAAUAGCCAUACCCCCUUGCUGAGAUUUCUUUCGGAAGAUGGAAAAACGCUAGUACAGCCAACAGAUGGCUCAACCAGUCAAGCUCAGAAAGAAGAUCCACAACUGAAAGCACCUUCUUCAGAAACCCAACACAACACAAUCUUUGUUGCUCCCAUGAGUGCAGAGGCCAGGCUUGAUGGUGCAGGUGUGCUUUAUUCAGAAGCAGGAGGAAGUGUAGCAGCAAGCUCUCGCCAACUGUUGCUAGAUCCGGAAACUGGACGCUAUUUCUAUGUUGACAUGCCUCAGCUGCCACAGCGCAAGAUGCUGUUCGAUCCAGAAACUUGCCAGUAUGUUGAGGUUUUACUACCACAGCAGGCACUUCCCAGUGCGGUUAUACCCACGCCGUGUGCCAUACCUUUUGCCUCUCUUCACAUCCCACCCAUGUACACCCCACAGUGCUUACCUUACAUACAGUCACACCAUCAGGUGCUCCCGCCACCGGGACCGUGAAACCUGACAGGACCUAUAGACUACAGAAUAUAUUAAGUCAAGCCCAAGGCUCAGAUUACCCAGUGCCCAUUAAGUGCUGGAUGGGUGUUGUUUAUAAGCUACUGAAUGAGUGAAACAUGUUGACCAUCUGCUGCCCUGGCCUCAAGGCAUCAAAACUGAAAGCGUUUUCUGUUAGCACUGCAUUCAACACUCCUUACUUCGUAAAGGCUACCUCUGGACUUGGCAACUGACAUGGGUGAGAUUGAUUAUAUCUGCUGAAAUGUUGUAAGAUGCAUUAGCAUUCACACUUUCAGGCUAUAUAAACAGAGCAGGGGCUUUAAAGGGAAAAGGGCUCAGAUCACCUCUGGUAUGGGCAAUUGAGACUCACCAAGGGACCUGAGUGUCUUCAGCAUGUUUAUCAAAUAUGACAAAAGUCACUAUUUUGUUAUUGUAAAUUGUAUUUGAAUUUACUAAAUGGCAAUUUGAGCAAAACCAUUUGCAAACCAUUGCUUUCCUAAUCAUUUCCUGAAAACGCUUUAGUUUUUCAAAUUUAUACACAUGAAUAAACUAAUUGUUAGUGUCGCUAAUGACAUUUUUAAUCAAAAUGUUUUUACGUGAUCCGGUUGUAAACUGAAUUACCUCUUGAAAUGUGUUUAUUGUUCUCCUGCUGACACCUGACACUUGUUUACGCAAGCCCGUUUCAAUCCACUGAUCCGUUAUGUGAGAUUCAGGAUGGAUUAUUGACUAUAUAUAUAACUGAUACUACUGCCUCAUGACUGAAUGUUCUGGUGUCAAAUCUGAAGAGGCCAGGACAGCGAGAGAGUGGACAAUAAACAGACAUUUAAAUCAAUAAAGAUAAUUAAACAGGGCUGAUCCUUCAGCAUGAUACUAAAUCAAUUUAGCUUAAGAGCAAACACUGCAGUAAAUCAGACCUUCCGGGCUGCAAUGAAUCAAAGCCAAUACAUCUUUAUUGCAGCAUUACUGUUUGAUGCUGAAAAUGUAGUUGUAAAAAAUGAAGUGGUUCCUCGACACAACAAGGUUCAGUUGGUUUAAAUGGGUUAAUGCUUUUUGCAUUAGGAUCUAACAAUAGGCUGUACUUUCACAGCAUUCACAUAAAUAAACAAUGAAUAAUGCCUCUCUUACAGCAUUCAUCCAUGUUAAAGUUAGUUAAUAAACAAAGUUGUUCAUUGUUAGUUGUGCAUUAUCUAAUGUUAACAAGGGUGAAUUUGAUUUCAAUAAGCAUUAAUAAACACUGUCUAAGUAUUAUUCAUUAGUUGUUUACAUUAGUGAAUACAUUAACUAACUUUACCUAAUAAAAACGCCUUGUAAAGUGUGACCGCAUUUACUAAUUGGUUAAUGUUACAAUACAUUUAUACUAUCAUUUUAUAUUCAUCAGUAUCAGUUAAACUAAUACAUUUAACAUUUUUUUUUAAAACUGCAUUUCUAAAUGAACAUUAAAAUAGGUUAAUAAUCUGUCGAAUGUUUCAUCUCCAUACAUGUUUCAAUUAAUGAUAUCCUUUUAAACCUUUACCAAUAGAUCAAAACCGUCAGACAGACAAACAGACAGACAAUAAAGUUGUAUUUUAAUACAAAAUAACUUAAGCAUGUAUUUAUCAAAACUGAAUGUCCACAUGAUUGUUUGUUCUGUGGCUUUUCUGGAACGCACAGUUCACUCUUAGUAUGUUUAAACAUUAUUAGUUACAACAUUAUGUAUAUACAUUAUGAUUUGCAUAUUUAAAAAAUGUCAUUUUGUAACUUUUUUCAAAGCUGAACACGUUUUGUUUAGUGUUAAUCACUGCCAUGUUUUGUACACAAUCAAGAUAUAAUAAAUGAACAAAGCCUGA